GCAGGGCAGAGCCGGCAGUCUCUAGGUCUCAGCCUGAAUGCUGCUGUGUGCCGGUUCCUAAGAGUUUUCUGAUACCCUCAAAAGCCCCAAAUAGGAAUCCUGCAAUUAGUGCAUCUAACUCCUCCUUUGCUGCAGUCUUCUCUCCUAUUGGUGAAAGGUCUUCGCAGCUCAUGUAGGGACCCCACCCCUUUUGUGGGUUUUCAUUCUGAAGCUAUCCACAACUUUACACCUGAAUGAAUGCCAAACCUCUCUGAAUAUAUAAAGGAAACCUGCAAGAGCAAUUUCAGUUACACAGAAGGAGCAGAAGGAAAAGAUUUCAUCCAGCUUUGUCAGACAGCCUGAACCAGCCAUGCUUCUCCCUGCCAUUCACUUCUACGGCUUUCUCCUGGCUUGCAUCUCCACGAGAAGCUACUUGGCUUUCAAGAACGAUGCCACAGAGAUACUUUAUUCUCACGUCGUUAAACCCGCUGCGGCGAGCCCAAGUAGCAACAGCACAUUGAAUCAAGCCAGGAACGGAGGCAGGCACUACAGCAGCGCCGGAUCCGACCGUAACAAUCGCGUUCAGGUUGGGUGUCGGGAGCUGAGAUCCACCAAGUACAUCUCAGAUGGCCAGUGCACCAGCAUUAACCCCCUGAAAGAACUGGUGUGUGCUGGAGAAUGCCUCCCUCUGCCACUGCUGCCCAACUGGAUUGGAGGAGGCUACGGAACCAAGUACUGGAGCAGGAGGAGCUCGCAGGAGUGGCGAUGUGUCAACGACAAAACUCGCACUCAGAGGAUCCAGCUGCAGUGCCAGGAUGGAAGUAUAAGAACCUACAAAAUAACUGUGGUCACGGCCUGCAAGUGCAAGCGAUACACCAGGCAGCACAAUGAGUCCAGCCACAACUUCGAGGGGACCUCUCAAGCAAAACCCAUCCAGCACCACAAAGAAAGGAAAAGAGCCAGUAAAUCCAGCAAGCAUAGUACAAGUUAGAAAUCAAACAUCUCCUGCUCUCUCAUCUCCCUCUCCUUGUGCCAAAAUUGAACUCACCUGUAACCAUUUGCUUUACCAUUCUGACUGCUUAAAGACAAGUCUGCCAUUGCUGUGUUCUCAGUUGACACUACAUGCUUAUUGCUUUGACCAAAAUCAAAAGGGGCAUUCUCAGCAUAUGGACUCUUUGGGUGAUUUUCCAAAUGCUCAAGAUGGGGAAUAAUACAAGCCUUCCAAAACCACACUAUAAACUUUUACAAUUUCUCCAGCCAUGGAAGAAAAGAAAAUUUGCCAAGAGUAUUCACUGAAGUCAAUUUUGCAAAAUGAUGCUUUGUUGUGUGUUUUCCUGAGAACAUUUAUCACAUCUAUUGCCUUUUAUAUCAUGUUUUAUGACCUUCUGACAACAGCUUAAAAUACAACACCGUGUAUCUGCUUUCAGAUUAAUUCUAAAAAAAGUGCUUUGCAUGCUCACCUUUCUCUUAUCUCAGUAUACCAAAAAUUAAAAUAUGCAUGGCAGCAAUCAAAAAGUAAAGCUGAACAAACUAUUUAUUUGUUGUUGUAAUUAUUUAAUGAGCUUUUAUGUGUGUUUCCCUUCAAAAUUUCCUUAUGUUUAUAGCUUUUCAUAUGUAUCAAAGUAUUUUCCUAUGAUUUGGGGCUGAAUUAGAACAUACAUUUUGUAGAUAAUGUAAAAUAGACAUUUUAGCAUUUAGGUAUAUAUAUUUUAAUUUUGAACAUUCAUAGACUUAGGUGUUAUUUUGACAUGGCAACAUAAAACCUGUAUUUUUCAUUCUUCAUCUUGUAUUAUUUUUGUUUAAAAAGUGUGCAAUCAAAAGACAGAUAUGACUUCCUUUCAAAUUCAUUGGUUUCUUUUUUUUUUUACAAAAAUAAACACUGCUAAAAAUGG